AUGGAGCUCGGUUCCACAUUGCCGGUAUCCGCGCUGGACGCGCAGCAACUGCGGCUGUUCUUCGCGGAGUCGCUGGCGCGCAGCAGCCGCGCGGGCGCGGGGGAGGAGGUGGAGGCGCGCAUGGCGGAGAUGCGCCGCCUGGGGCUCCGGGCGGGUGCGCGCGCGCACCACGCGGCGGUGGUCGUGCACACAGCAAAAGGAGACCUCUUUGAAGCGCGCCGCGCCCUGAGGCGCAUGCUGAACAGCGGUGUGUUCCCACUGUACGAGACGCUGGUGGCGGUGCUGCGGCUGAGCGGGCGGAGGGGGCAGGUGGCGGAGGGGGAGGGCAUCCUCGCGCUCAUGGGGGGGCUCAAACUCAACCAGCGGGCGGCGUGGGUUGUCCUUAUCGUCGAAUCCCCCCUCCUCUCCUCCCACCCCUUCCUCCAUCAUGCCUUUCCAGAGGAGCUCUUCGCGUCGGGCAGCCACGCGGAGGGCAAGGCGCUACUGCUGCGGGGGUUGGAGGACGGGCUGUGGCCCACAGCAGGGCUGAUAGACGCCGUGGUGGAGGGCAGCUGCCGGGAGGGCCGGCAUGCCGACGCUCAUGACGUGAUGAACGCUCUGGAGCAGAGAGGAUGGACGCCCGCUACGUUCCACCAUAACUGCGUGCUCAUGAGCAUGAGCAAGGCGGGCGUGCCGGACAUAGCGGUGCAGAAGCUGGAAGCCAUGGUGGAGGAGCAACGCGAGGGGUUGAAGGAGAGUCGCAGGGAGGGCAAGCCAGACGUGCACUCCUACAACUGGGUGCUCGAGGCCUUCGCCGCACACCCCCAGGAGAGGUACGAGGACACGUUGGAGUUCAUAGGGCGCAUGGUGGAGGAUGGCACUGUGCACCCCAACGGCAAGACCUACUCUCUGCUGGUGGAGAUAUUCUGCAAGGACUGGAACUUCCUAUCAGAGGCCGUGCGGCAUUUCCGAGCUCUGCAGCGGCUGCCAGGCCAGAUGACCUGCCUGGACGUGCAGAGGGGCGAUCGCUACCACGCUACUGCGCUCUUUCUCAGAGCGCUCUGCCGAGCAGGUCUGGUGCAGGAGAUGCAGGAGGUGCUGCAGGCGAUGGUGCGAGACGCAGUGAGACUGCCAGCGUCAGCACUGCUGGUGGACAAACGCGCUCGCCGCACGCUGGUGUCGGCAUGGAUGCAGCCGUGUGACAUGGAGCCUGACUAUGGGCAGCCCACUGACUACAUUCAACGAGCCGCAGAGGAGUCAGACAACUGGAGAGUGGAGAGGAGGGAGAAGAGGGACAUUGAGCGCCAUGGGGGGUGGUGGCGGGUCAAGAUGGAAACAGACGAGCUGCCGGGCUUCUGGCUGCCUCCCCCCUCGGUGUCGUUUGAGGAGAGCCUUGGGCGCCGCUUCCGGGCCUACCGCAAGCAGCUCUACUACACACUCAUGUGGCGGGAGCUGGCGGGGCAGGGGCUGCCCACCGAUGGUAACCGUGCUGUGCUGUAUGCGAGAGUGCAACGGGCUAGAAGGCUUAACAAGGCGCUGGGGAAACCGCUGUGGACUCCGCAGACCCGAGAGCCUGUGAUGCAGGCAAGUGCGAGAGUGGAGUAUCUGCUAGAGCACUUAACUCUGGACGGUACAGCAGCAUCGUGGCCGCAGGUGAUAGAGAUGAUGAGGGAGAGCGAGCGGCGGGCGAGUGCGGAGCAGCAGCAGCGCGAGAAGGACGAGCGGCAGCGGGAAGCAGACGAGAAGCAGCGGGCGGCCGACGAGCGGAUCCGGGCGGCACUGUCCGGCGGGGAGGAAGAGGACGACGAGGAAGAUGAAGAACUGGACGAGGAAGAGGAGGAGGAAGAAGAUGAGGAUGAUGAUGAGGAGGAAGAGGAGGACUUAGAAGUGGACGAUGUGAUAGAUGAUGAGGAGGAUGAGGACGAAGAGGAGGAGGAGGGGGCGGUGGGGGAAGAGGAUGAGGCGGUGGACGAGGAGGAGGUGGCGCCGGGGCAGGCGGGCGGCAUGCUGGGCGGCGGAGCAGAGAGGGAGGUGGCGGUGCUGGCAAUGGAGGAGGAGGGCGUGCGGGGCAAGGGUGGGCUGCUCACCUCGCAGCUGGUGGGCGGCGCUGCGGGCGGCGGGGGCGGGAGUGCAGCAGGCAGAGCUAAGGCUAAAUCUUCGGUGAUCACCUUGGGCGGAGCUGAGAGGGAGGUGUCGGUGCUGGCCAUGAAAGAGGAGGGCGUGCGGGGCGGCGGCGGGCUGCUCACCUCGCAGCUGGUGGGCGGCGCUGCGGGUGGCAGCGGUGGGAGCGCAGCAGGCAGAGCCAAGGCCAAGUCGUUGGACCUGUACGACGAUGAGGACGAGGGGGAGGUGCAUGCAGCAGGCAGAAAACACCCACCAGCAGAGGCACUCAGCUCCUCCCUCUCCCCUCCCCUUUCCCCCCUCCUGCUCCCCCCAGGACCUGACCUGUAUGACGAUGAGGACGAGGGGGAGGUGCAUGCAGCAGCACCGGCCAUCCUGGCAGGGUCAGCAGCGCAGGCAGCAGAGGAGGACGAGGAGAUGCAGGCGUUCCGAGCGGAGGAGGACCUCAUACCGCUCUCCACCACUCUGGAUGGCAUCUUCACCUUGGAGGAGCGGUGGGGCCACUGGUGGGAGCGGGCGGACAAGGAGCGUGCCGUGCUGCCGUGGAGUGAGCGCAUGGAGCUUGACAGCGCUUGGAACAUCUUUCAACUGGUGAUUGAGCUGGGUGGCGUGCCGACCCUGGCGGACUGCUGCAUGGUGCUGUGGGCGGCAGUGGACGGCAACGAUUGUCGUAUUAUGCAGGGGGUGGUUGAGAAGUCACAUGCGAUUGGUCACAAGUUCGGCAUCAACCUCUACAAGACGGUGGUCAACACGUGCCUUGGGCUCCUGGAAAUCGACACAGCAGUCGCAAUCUUGGAAGAUAUGCAGCGAGCGGGUGUCCAACCAGGUGAUGACAUGUGGCAGCAUGUGGAAGAGGCCCGCCAGGUGGCGGCUGAAAGGGUCAUUGAGGAGCAACGGCGACGAGAGGCCGCUGAGAUGGCGGCUGCGGAUGUGGCGGCUGGUGCCGUGAGUGGGCUUCAGACGGCCCGCGGGUCCGGCACCAACGGGUACGUGCAAGCGAACAAAUUCGCGAUUCGCCACCGGCACACGAAGCUCGAGGCGAAGGAGUUCCAGGAAGGCGCGGGAACGGGCGGAAUCAGCCGCAAGGCGAACAAAGAAAUCCUGGAGCAUGACCGGAAGCGGCAGAUCGAGCUGAAGCUGCUGCUGCUGCGCGAGACGCUGGAGGAGCAGGGGUACCUGGAGGACGAGAUCGAGGAGCAGAUGGAGCAGGCCCGCGCGCAGCUCGAGGCCGCCAUGCGCGAGGAAUCGGAGGACCAGGCGCUGGACUCGCUAGGGAACCAGACGCAUCAGAUCGUGGCGCGCAAGGAGAAGAAGAUGGAGACGCUCAAAGCCGCUCUGCGCAUUAACGAGUCUGCUAAAGAAGGGGACGCGUUCGACCGCGAGCUGCAGGAGCAGCGGCGGCAGGAGCGGCAGCUGGCGCGGGAAGAGGCGGAGGAGGCGCGGCGGCGGGAGGAGAAGGAGCGGGAGAAGGAGGAACGGCGAAGGGAGAAGCAGAGGCGGAAGGAGGAGAAGGAGAUGAAAAAGAGGCUUAAGAAAGAAGAGAAGGCGCGGAGGCGGGCGGAGGAGGAGGCAGCGGAGCGGGAGGAGGAGAUGAGGCGGAAGGAAAAGAAGGCGCGGAAGCUCCGGGAAGCGGAGGAGGCGCGGCGGGCGGAAGAGGCGCGGGAGGCGGAGGCGCGGAGGGCGGAAGAGGAAGUUAAGCGGAGGGAGGAGGAGGCGGAGCGCAGGGAGGCGGAGAGGUUGAGAGCGGAGCGGAAGCGGGAGGAAGGGCGGCGGAAGGACGAGGGCGAGACACGGAGGGGGGACGAGAGGAGGGGGAGGGGAAGAGAGGAGGAGCAGGCGGGUGAGCGGAAGAAGCAGCGGAGGGACGCGCGCGCCACUGAUGCUGCUGAUAUUGAUGAGGGCGAGGACAGACCUCUCGCCCAAUCGGCGCUCUGUCUCUCCCAAGCGCGGGCGCUCUCCCAGCCCCAAGCGCGGUCGCUCCCCCAGCCCCAAGCGCGGGCGCUCUCCCAGCCCCAAGCGCUAUCGCGCCCCCAGCCCCAGAGCCGCCCCUUCCCCCAGUCCCCAGCGCUCUCGUUCCCCCAGCCCUAA